AUGCGAGAUGGCUUCGAGCGCUCGAGCACCCUCGGUGCAACCUUGAGGGCAGGGCCUCCACCUCCAUUCAAGGACGAAAAAAAAAUACUUCGUAUCUUGCCGAACGGUCCUAUCAUUGCCGAACGUUCCAGGAUCGGUUCUCGGGUCUUCACGGUCUCAUCAUGGCGGACGUAUUGCCCUCACCACUCGCCACUCCUUCUCUUCCUGUGUAUUGCGUUGUCUGUGGAUUUUUUCGCGACCAAAAAGGCCAGCGUCGUGUUUGAGAGCGGGCCGGAGCCUCCCUCGCGGACCAUCUACCGAGGGAGGCCCAUCGACCCAUGGACGAUGGCUACAAAAUGCGCUCGGGAGGUUGGCUCGGCUGUGGUGGAUGCGGUGUCGUUUGUGGCUGAAUUGGGCGAGGGGCUUCCGCUGUUCCAACCUGUUCUGAAGACGCUCACGGCGAUCCGAGAGAAAGUCAAGACGGUGAUAAGCAAUCGCGAGGAUCUGGCAGCCCUGGGCGAAAGAUGCGUGUACAUCACAGCUUGUGUUAUCGUAAAGUUCAGGAAGGGGUCCUCAGAGCUCGACGUUGCACCUCUUGAGGACUGCAUCCGCGCGGCUGGGGUGCUUGUCGAGCACUGUGGUCGGCGGGGCAAGUUGCUCAGGGUGCUAAAGGCCUCCAGCGAUAGAGGCGAGAUCGCUGCACUGAACACGCGCAUUCGAGCUCUGGAAAGCGACAUGGGCCUGGCCGGUAUCACGGUCGUGGGGAGAAAGAUCGACGACUUGAAGACCAUCGUGGUGAGUUGUAUUUUGGACCCGAUGGCUGAAUACUCAGUUGCAUCUAGGAGGCGAGCUCUGUUGGUAAACUCGUGGCUUCUGGGGAAAAGAUGUUGUAUUAAUGAGACCUUGGACCAGGAGAACAGGUCAAAAGGUAGAGUGAGCAAGGGUGGGGCGAGCACCACAGCACCACAGCACCACCCGUCACCGGGGGAGCUGCGCUACUAGGGGAAUUUAUCGCGGGCGAAGAGGGCACAGAGGGGGGUUGACCUACACUGCCUGCAUCAAUACUGCCAACCUCAUCGAUUGCUCCACCAGAGACCGCUACAUUACGUCGCAAAAGAAUGUGGGGAACUCCUCUCCCUAAAAGCGGCCAUACCUCAGCUUCUACAUCGUCAUCACAUUCCUCCCCUCCCUCCUCUGCUACCUCGAUCGGCAAGAGAGACAGUUGCGGUGGAGGGAGUUGUGACGGCAACGCUUCCCAUGUCACAUUCCUCGUUUCCUGAAUAGUUCCAACCCUCGUAAGUACUCUAUGACAGUCACGCGGGUGGUCUCUCGAAGGACCGACAUAAAAGCAAGCCUCACCCUUCGGUAGCAGUUUAGACGGACGCUGCCACCUACAGUACGCCGGUUUCAAAAACGGAUACGGUCUAGCAUGACUAGCUUCACCAUGCCACAUCUCAUAUGGCGACUUACUGUCAGGGUUAGCGGAACAAGCUGUGUGGUUAAUUGCUUCGCAAGCCCAAUGCAUCGCCUCAGCCCAUAGUCUGUCAGUCUUAGGUAAUUGCACAUGCCCAAACAAAACUUUUGCCUGAAUACGAGCAGCCAUUGCCGCCGCCUCAAUCAAUCCCAAUCCACGCUCUGCAACACCGUUGUAUUGGGGACUGUAAGCCGGGGUGAACUCUUGCUUAAUCAAGAGCUCGUUGCACACGGACGCAAAUUCUCCUCCGAAAAACUCCCCCCCAUUGUCAGAUCUAACAAUCUCAACCAAUGACGGGAUACCAUCAGCACGCACACUUGCAAGGAAACUCCGGAAAGCACUCGCAGCGUCUGAUUUACUUUUCAGGAAAUACAUCCAUGUACGUCUAGUGAAAUCAUCCUUCACUAUCAUGGGGUAAUGUUUACCCCCUACGGACGCAACGUCCUUCCGCCCUCCCAGGUCAACAAAAACUCUGCCCAACUUUUUGUCUGAUCUGCAUUUUGUUUCAUGAGCAAUCCCUUUCUUGAAUGCCUUCGACAUCGAACAUCCCGUACAAGCAUGCAUUUUACCGGUCAACUCGAUACCUAGUCGCUUUGCAGUUGUACGGAGCAAUCCUUCAUGCGAAUGAGCAUAAAUGUUAUGAAACUCGUUCACAUCCAUCUUAGAUUCAUGCUUGGGGUUUGAAGGAGUGAGGGCAGCCAACACUGAACCAACACAGUUAUUUUCUAGACGAUACGCAGGCGAAAUGAGCAUACCAUCGAGAUUCUGAAAAGUAACAUGUCCAUUGAAAGCAGUCAUCACACCAUCAGGACCGCCAAGGUAGUUCCAUGACUCACCAUCGAACUCUGCGCUUGGAGAAAAGAGGUUGUAUCCCAAGUUGGGAGAGUACAAUACAUUUUCCAACUCUACGGGAAACUGGCUGUCAGCAGUUACAAAUACCAACUCCAGAGUUCCAGAGAAUUCUAUCUCACAAGUCACGCCACCAAUCCCUUUUACGUUUUUGUGGCAAGGCUUCAAAUCCUUCAUGCAAGAGAGACGAUCAGUCAUGUGAAAAGCAGUUCCAGUGUCCGCAUACCAAUCUUCGACAUGAUUUUUCUCCCACUCAAGGUACUCGCGAAACGUAUCCUCGAACGCUCCCGGGGCCAGUUUUCUCAUUUUGCGGAAUGUCCGUUUGGAGGAUUUGGCUUUUGGCAAGGUUUGUGACAAUUCAGACAACUCAAAGUCGAGCCUCUCACCGGUCUCAUCGUCCUCGUUCUCAGAUUUCCCAGUCUGGGAGGGAUGAGCUAUCACACGAGCCAGGCAGUCCUUCUUGAUGUGACCUUUCUCCCCACACUUGUAACACGUUCCCUGAAACUUCUUCUUUGAGGAAUCAGAUUCAGGGUGAGACUUCGACUUUGCGUGGUUCGGCUUCCGGCUACUCUUCCUCUCUGCCCUAGACACAAGAGCUACACUGUGCUUCUUCGUACCAGUCUGUGUCUGCAAGUCUAAGUAACGCUCACGUACUUUGGUCUCGAUGAAAGCAGGAUCGUUCGGGCAAAACACUACAAGAGUCUCACGCAAAGUCUUGUAUUCGUGGGAUAGUCCCUCUAGCAUCAGUGUGCACACCUCCCUGUCCUCCUUCUUGACUUCCAGCAUCUGCAAAAUACCAAGCGUCUCUCUCAUAGAUGCAAAGAAGGUGGAUGGGUUCUCGUUUGUACGCAUGCGCAAUGACUUCAGUUUGUUCUCCUGCACACGAAUCUGACUCUGGCUCAAAGGGAGAAAGUGAUCCUUCAACACCUGGAAUGCCUUGCUGGGGGAACCUGCAUGCCUAGCCAUGGUUUUCAGCGAGUCUUUCUUCAAACAGUCGAACAAAAACCACCAUCCCAUCUCUGCCUGCCGUAGCACUCCCACACUGUAUCCUUUGUCUACCCAGGGGGUCAAGUCGAAUUCAAUGCUUGCGAUCGGAAUUUCUACUUCAGAAGUAAAUGCUUCUAACAAGUUGUUGUGUCGGGCACUCAGCAGAAAGUUUUGUGACCAUGACGGGUACGCAACGUCCGAUCCGUCGAACACAGGAGCUUUGGGAACUUUCAAAGGGCUCCUACCCAAGUUUUCUCCUGGUUCAGUAAUGCCAGCCCCAGGAAUCAAUGUGGUUCCACUGGCGACAUUUUCCCACCACCUACUCGAAGCGGUAGGUGCGGGUGGAAUAGAAGACUGGCUACUGAAAGCCCCACUACCCAUUCCUGGAAUGAAAGACUGGCUACCUAAAGCCCUACUUCCCAUCCCAACCGAACCAAAGCUUGUGACACCAGCAGAAGAACGGUUAACAGCAGUAUCAUGCGAGUUCAAGCCUGUGUUUGCAACACUACUUCCAACUCCCACGCUGGACAUGCCAAGGCCUUGGGCACUACUGUCCGUACCUCCCGCAGUCCUGCCAGUGACAUCCGAUUGAUGCACACCAGCAUACUCUGUUCCGCCGCUUCCCGGCGCAGCAGCAAAUGAAACAGAGGACUCUACCUGAUCACCUCGUUGCCCAACAAGCGACUUGAUUACGCUCGUGAGCUGGGACAACUGUGUCUCAAUCGAAUCCAGUCUCUCACCACCAAUAACACCCUGCGAAUCACCCGGAGGUGGGUCAUCCUCAUGAUCCCCAGCAAGCCCACUCAUCACGAAGCAAGGUGAUCAAUCUUCCUCCGUUCAGUCUUGACGUACAGUCCGAGGGGACAAGCAGCAGUCGACCGAUGUAGCUAUAGCGUGUUGGUAAACUCGUGGCUUCUGGGGAAAAGAUGUUGUAUUAAUGAGACCUUGGACCAGGAGAACAGGUCAAAAGGUAGAGUGAGCAAGGGUGGGGCGAGCACCACAGCACCACAGCACCACCCGUCGCUCGACCAACGCACGAAAGCAGAACACAAUACCGGAACACAAUAAUAUCGGAACACAACGACUCAACAGGGGCUACCGUACUUAUCAACGUACCAUAAAUCAUCGGGGUGAUGCACUAUCCACGAAGAACAUUCCUACAGAACGUUCCUCGCUGUUCUGAUAAUAUGUGGCUA